UGGUCAUCCUGCUUCAGUCACUUCCCAACGAGCCGCCCGUGUGCCAGAGCAAUCGCCGCCGCCGUCGUCACUGCCGCCGCCGCCGACCCCUCCGACACCAGCAUGAGCACCAACGAGACCCGUCACAUCAACGACCCGAUCGGCGACGCCAUGCAGUACGAACCCGAGCCAGAAACGAAGACGAUCCUUGUCGUCAACGACAACCUGCCAACUAACAUCAACGGCGUCGUGACCGUGUUCAAGAACAUUGAGCGCAUCGCACUGCGCGACGGGUACAAAAUUAUCUACAUGAACCCGACCGAGUUUCCCCAUUUUGACUGCCCCGGGUACCCCGACAUCAAACUGUCGCUCCCGUUCGGAAUCGACGACAAGAUCGCCAAGAUCAACCCGGACUUUAUUCACAUCGCGACAGAAGGGCCACUUGGUCUUGCCACGCGCUUCUACUGCGACAAGCGCCAAAUCGGAUACAACACGGGCUACCACACGAAAAUCCCCGAGUACCUCCAAGUCAUGUAUGGCAUCCCAGAGAGCUUUGGGUACGGGUACCUGCGGUGGUUCCAUCGCAACUCGGGCCGCGUGCUCACGACGACCGCCACGAUGGUAUCAGAGCUUGAACACCACGGGUUCCUCAGCUACAUCAAACCGAUGACGUUUGGUGUGGACCGCUCCAUCUUCAAGAGUUCACUGCGGCAGCAGGACAACCCCAAGUUCAGCAACUUGAGCCGCCCGAUCCUCCUUAGUGUCGGACGUGUUAGCAAAGAGAAGGGUCUGGACGAUUUCUGCAGCGUCAAGUACCCCGGCGCGACCAAGAUUGUGGUCGGCGAUGGCGCGUACCGCAAAGAGUUGGAGCGCAAGUACCCCGAUGUGAUAUUUGCCGGCUUUCAGACGGGCGCAGCACUUGCCGAGUACUACGCGCAUUCAGAUUGCUUGGUGUUCACAAGCCGAACAGACACGUUUGGAGUCGUCAUCAUCGAAGCGCUCGCGGUGGGCACUCCUGUCGCUGGGUACAACGUACCGGGCCCCAAGGACAUCUUGGAGCCGGGAGUCACGGGGUACAUGGGCGCCAACAUGACGGACAACAUUGCAAAGUGCCUUGCGCUGGACCGCGCCAAGGUCGAAGACGCCAGCAAGUGCUGGUCGUGGGACCAGUGCUGGGAGAUUUUCCGGCGCCACUUGAUCAAGCGCACCGAGCGCCUCACGUACGACUACUCGGUGUAGCUGCACGGCCGGGAGGAUGCUCGUGAACGUAUUAAUAUAAGGUGUGUUGUAUCCCGGUUGAAUA